ACUGAGAAUCGGCAGAAUAUUCUGGUUAAACAUCUUCCUCCAUUGGCCAUGCUGGAGUGUAAACAAGAAGGAUCCAUCAGGCAUUUUUUCUAGAGUGAGUUUGAAAUUAUUUUCUCCAAGAAGGACCCACCACAUCAAUCAAAAUAGAGUCGCUAAGGGUGAAGGUGGACUUCCUGAAGGUGCCCCUCGGCCUGCAUAAGCCUGCCUUGAAAGAGGUGGCUUCAUCAGUGGUGGGGAGGCCUAAGUCCGUCAACGUGGACAAGUACAAGGCACGUCAGCUGGACAACAUGGACAAUGAAUCGCAGUACUCUGGAUACUCUUACAAGUCAGGGCACUCGCGCAGCUCCCGCAAACACAGAGACCGACGAGAUCGACAUCGAUCAAAAAGUCGGGAAGGAAGUCGAGGUGACAAAUCAGUAACUAUACAGGCUCCUGGGGAACCCUUACUUGACAAUGAGUCAACAAGAGGAGGAGAAGAGAGGGAUGAUAACUGGGGUGAGACCACAACCGUUGUCACAGGGACAUCUGAGCACAGCAUUUCCCAUGAUGACAUCACUCGGAUCACCAAGGACAUGGAGGAAAGUGUCAGCCUGGACUGCAGUCGAUACCUGGUGCUUGUUGUGGCAGGGGUGCUGGCACUCUUUGCUUUCCUCACACCUGUGGCCUUUAUGCUUCUACCCCAACUGCUUUGGCGGGAUGAACUUGAACCUUGUGGAACAGUCUGCGAGGGCCUUUAUAUCUCUAUGGCCUUUAAACUCCUCAUCCUCUUUAUUGGUAGCUGGGCACUCUUCUUCCGCAAGCCCAAAGCCUUCCUACCUCGAAUUUUUGUUUUCAGAGCCCUGCUCUUGGUACUUAUAUUUCUCUUUGUUGUUUCGUACUGGUUGUUCUAUGGUGUACGAAUCCUGGACCCUCGAGACAAGAACUACCAGGGCAUAGUUCAGUAUGCAGUUUCACUGGUUGACGCCCUGCUUUUCAUUCAUUACUUGGCGGUUGUGCUUUUGGAGCUGCGUCAGAUUCAGCCGCAGUUCACAGUGAAAGUCGUGCGUUCCACAGAUGGGGCCAGUCAUUACUACAGUAUAGGACACCUAAGUAUUCAACAAGCUGCAGUGUGGAUUUUGGAAAAAUACUACCAGGAUUUCACAGUGUACAACCCAGCACUCCUUAACAUACCAAAAGUGCUUCAUUCAAAGAAAAUGUCCGGAUUCAAAGUCUACUCACUCGGAGAGGAAAACUCUGCUAACAACACCACAGCCCAAUCUCGUGCUAUGAUUGCAGCCGCUGCCCGAAGGCGAGACAACAGCCACAAUGAAUACUAUUAUGAAGAGGCCGAGCAUGAAAGAAGAGUCCGGAAACGCAAGGCCAGGCUGGUGGUUGCAGUGGAAGAGGCGUUUACCCAUAUCAAGCGUGUACAAGAAGAAGAACAACAGAAGAAUCCCCGUGAGAUUAUGGAUCCGAGAGAGGCAGCCCAGGCCAUCUUUGCUUCCAUGGCACGUGCAAUGCAGAAAUAUCUGCGCACAACAAAACAGCAGCCGUUUCACACGAUGGAAAGCAUUCUGCAGCACCUUGAGUUCUGUAUCACCCAUGACAUGACCCCCAAGGCUUUUCUGGAAAGGUACUUAACCUCUGGCCCAACUGUGCAGUACCACAAAGACCGCUGGCUGGCAAAGCAAUGGACACUUGUUAGUGAGGAGCCUGUAACCAGUGGCCUGAAGGAUGGCAUCGUUUUCACACUGAAACGCUUGGACUUCAGCUUGGUAGUGACUGUAAAGAAAAUUCCUUUCUUUAAAAUUAAUGAAGAAUUUAUUGAUCCCAAGUCCCACAAGUUCGUCAUGAGAUUACAGUCUGAGACUUCUGUUUAACAGUACAUUCCACCAAUUUAACAGACUAGCAGGACACGCCCCCCAGAGGGUCAAUGAAGUGCUGAACCUUGUGUCUGUAGGGCUUUCCUUUUGCCUGUGUGAUCUGUCACCAUGUUGGUGAAUCUGUAGGGCUUGUUUUGUGUCAUCUUGAUUCUGAUUUGCCAACAGGUGUGCUCAUCUGACGUACCUACAGACCUGCCAGCUGCACUAUUAUGACCCAUCAUGAAAAUGUUGACCACCAUUCAGUCUAAGGGAACUGUGCUAGAAUGCAUUCUGGUUGUUUUCAUUUGGGGCAAUUAUUCAUGGACUAGAUAUUUUACACCUACACUGCAACCUGCAAAACAAUUGCUGUAGAGUUUCUCCUGUAAGUGGUUUGCCUGUAGGGGCACUUUUACAUCUUGGACUGGACUCUGGAAUCCCAAAACGUCAUGCCUUGACAUUAACCGUCUAGUUCUGAUGUACUGGUUAGAACAUCUGGGACAGAAUUUGUGGUGCUUAGUCAUGUUAAUUUCUGUUGGCUCUGUGCCAGAGUAUCAGAGAAAGUGGUAGCUGUAAUGUGAAUAGUUCUGCUGUGCUGGAGAAGUAUGGAAGCUACAACAGCAUCCUAUGACCAUUCUAAUGCCGCUGUCUGUGGCUAGAUCACAAUUACUGUAUGAACCACUUCUGCCCGGCUGUACAGUAUUAAACUGAUGCCAUGGGUCCAUUAGUCAUUGCGCAGGCCCUGUACCUCCGUGUGCACCACCUGUUAUAACCAUGGUCUUUAGGGUAAUUUCUUGUAUACGUUGGAUCGUACUACACAUCAGUUUCACUUCAGGUGCGAUAUUUGUGGGAAUGGUUGCUUGUCCUUUCUUACUCUACUUUUAGUAAUUGUCAGGUUUUGUUUUCAUGUCUCACUUGAUCAGUGGUUAUCCCACUGUAUUUGCAUGAUUAGGUACAGAGAAUGGUUUGCAACUGCUGUUAAGGAGAUGCAGAAGUUAAAUAAGUGCUUUACUUUUCUGAUAUCGAUUUUUUGCUUGAUAAAGGUACAUGUAUGGGGUAGGUGACUUAUUGUUCAGAGCUGAGACUCAAACUGACAUCCUUGCUGCAUUCACAGAAUUCCUUCCUGGCUCUUUAAGCUGCAGCAUAUACAACAAGGUGCAACGCUCCAAGGAUUUUUGUGUGCAUUCUGCAGGAUUAACCACUGAGCACUGCAAACCCAGAUUGUUACUGAAACAGUAGGAUAAUUCAAAUGCUCGUAUGUGUUGUGACAGUUUAACCCUACUGCACCAAGUUAACUCAUUAAUCGUGUGUUUGAAUUGCUCUUUGUUAUCCUUUAAUCUGCUCUGCUUUGUCAGGGGUACCUUUUAAUUUUGCCCUUUGUAUACAAGGAUAGUCCUUCGAUGUAGGAUUUUCACAGAAUUUACAUCUUGUCUUUCUAGUUCUAAACUAACAGUAAAUCCUUAAUGUUGAAGGUGUUGAGCAUAAAGCAGGGCUGAUGAGCUCUGCACAGCUAGAAAAAGCCCGGUAUGCUUAACAUACAAGUUAUGUUCAUGGGGUCAAGUGAGAUCCCGUUUCCUAGGUUCCCUUUGAAGAACAAGGUCUGUUGUAGAUUUGCUGAAAUUCUGGUAAAUAAGCUGGUGACAGAGGGUCCAAUGGAGUUACACAGGAAAUCCUCAUGUACAGCCUAAUUUCUGGAUCCUGUGCCAGCAGUGAAUGCUCCUCCACCAACGUACAGUGCAUGCAGCACCCUGGCAUUCUGCAUAUACCUCAUAUGUGCUGAAUUACAAACAUUGUGGGCAUAGACUGUUACAGAAUGUAGUAGCACUUUCUGUGUGGUGCUGUCUCAUUACCAGGGACACUGACUCACUACUGUAUGUGCGCCCAGUACACAUCUGCCCAGGGAGUUGCAUUUGCAGCACCAAGAUCAUGUCCACUCAGUCCUCCUGCUGCCAUACAGUGAAUCAUUUUGUGUCAUUUUGUUACAUGCAUCUAACCUUCUGGAAUAGCAGACCUAUUCUGUGAAUGCCAUCUAACAUGAUUACUGCCCAUUACCUUGCCAUGCCAAACUCUGGACGUGUUUUUCCCAUCUCUUGGUCAGCAUUUACAGUUAUUUGUCCCUUCCCUCACCUUUUAGUGAAGCGUCAUAUGGUAGAUACAUACACACAUAAAGGCAUGUGUUUUGAGCAACAGUUGCUGUUCUCUGCUUCCCAGCUGAACUAACAGCCAAUAAUUGAUAUGACUUCCUGUGCCACUACUUCUCAUGGCAAUGAUUUGGCAUUUAACACAGACAAUUAAGGUCAUCAACUGUUAACAAGCUGCCUUCUGUAGUUCGGGGUUUAAAUCCUUCAGCCGCCAAUUGUUUACCACGUGACUAUGAGCAGCUCACAUAAGCAGCCAGUGCUCCCAGGCCGAGUCUGAUAAAGGUCCAUGUGGAGCAUUGUUCUGACCAGGUUGACUAAUACAAAUAAAUGAAUAAAAAUUAAUAAACCACAGAGGCCAUUUCCUAAACUUUUAUAUCCCUGCAUGGCAGCAAAACAUCUGACCCCUACUGUAACCCCCUAACCUGUCCACACGUCUUAUUCACAGUACACUGAAUUCAUGCGCCAGUAUCUUAUAAGGUGCAUAAAAUUCUUUGAAGAAUAGGUGUUUUUCCUCACCAGCAUAGUGAAGGAUAUUUAGUUACUACUCCACCCCUUGCCUUCUGAAGCACCCCAUUUACUAGUCUUGUGCGGUGGUACAGACACUCCACUAGCCAGAAUCCUUGGAUCUUUACCAUAAACAUUAACAGUAGUUCAAGUGUAGCUCUGUUCGAGAGGUAAGAUUGUAGCUUAUUGUUGAAAUAAAACUUUUUUUUAUAUGGCUAUUUUCCUCAAGUUUCUUUUUAGCUGCUUUGUCAGAAUGAAACAUGAGUAUCUGUUGUGUG